UAUUGAUGGAGUCAGCAGAAAGAGCAGUCUGGAAUUUCUUCAGCUCCAGAGAAAACUCAGAAAUUCAACUCUCCUGAUUUCACCAAAUUCAAAGUCAGUUCUUAGAGCUUUGCUUCCCUGUUCCCUCAUUAUAUUGAUUUCUCCCCCCUUAGGACCUCUGUCCCUCAAUCGAGUUCCUCUUCGUAGAACACACCAGAAAUUUGUCAUCGCCACCUCCACCAAAAUUGAUAUCAGUGGUGUGAAAAUCCCCAAACAUCUCAAUGAUGCUUACUUUAAGAAGAAGAAGCUGCGCAAGCCCAGACACCAGGAGGGCGAGAUCUUCGACACAGAGAAAGAGAAAUAUGAGAUUACAGAUCAGCGCAAGGUUGACCAGAAAGCUGUGGACUCACAAAUUCUGCCAAAAAUCAAAGCUGUUCCUCAGCUCCAGGGCUACCUCCGCUCUCUGUUCGCUCUCACCAAUGGGGUUUAUCCUCACAAACUGGUGUUCUGAAUUUCUUGUAAGAACCCGAUUAAAUAACUGAUAGGUUU